AUGUGUAAGAAGACCAUGCUGAAGAUGAAGAGCCCCAGCAUCAUGGAGAAGUCUCUGGCUGGCAUAGUAGGGCUAGGCCGAGGGGAUGAUGCACUCAUACUGCAUGUGCGGGAGUGGCCUCAUGGACGCCCGAGUGCAGGAGUGAGGAAGAUGAAGGCUCGUGCCCCCCCUCCUCCUGGAAAGCCCACCACGCCAAAUAUGCACAGCGGACAGAAGCUUCCCCGGGAUGUGUCCCCCAGCCCUCCACAGAACCUGCUGCACAUGAAGGAGACCUUGAGGAACAGCAUGGUGGCGGUCACCGUGGUUCUGCCCAGCGGGCUGGAGAAGAAGAGCGUGGUCAAUGGCAGCCAUGCAAUGAUGGACCUACUGGUUGAACUUUGUCUUCAGAACCACCUAAAUCCGUCCCACCAUGCCCUCGAGAUCCGGUCUUCAGAAACCCAGCAGCCUUUGAGUUUUAAGCCAAAUACUUUAGUUGGGACCCUGAAUGUGCACACUGUAUUUCUCAAAGAGAAAGUUCCCGAAGAGAAGGUGAAGCCUGCCCCACCCAAGGCACCUGAGAAAUCUGUGCGCUUGGUAGUGAAUUACCUGCGAACCCAAAAGGCCAUCGUGCGUGUGAGCCCCGAGGUGCCGCUCCAGAACAUUCUCCCAGUCAUCUGUGCAAAGUGUGAAGUCAGCCCGGAGCACGUGGUGCUCCUCAGGGACAACAUUGCCGGGGAGGAGGUGGAACUUUCCAAGUCCCUCAACGAGCUGGGGAUAAAGGAGCUCUACGCGUGGGACAACAAACGAGAAACCUUUAGAAAAUCAUCGCUUGGCAAUGAAGAGACAGAUAAAGAGAAGAAAAAAUUUCUGGGAUUUUUCAAAGUUAAUAAAAGAAGCAGUAGUAAGGGCUGCCUGACAACUCCCAACUCCCCGUCAGUGAAUUCCCGUUCCAUUACGUUGGGUCCAUCCCUCUCACUCAGCAACAUCUCAGGGGUGUCUGUGAAGUCAGACCUGAAGAAGCGGCGGGCCCCCCCUCCUCCGACCCUACCAGGCACGGGGCCACCAGCGCAGGACAAGACCUCGGAAAAGGUAUCUCUGGGGUCCCAGAUUGACCUGCAGAAAAAGAAGAGGCGGGCGCCAGCCCCCCCGACGCCACAGCCCCCGACGCCAAGCCCCCUGGUGCCCCCUCGCAUGCAGGACAGGGAGCAGAACAGGAAGAGCACCGUGGUGAGCCUGCCCCUGGGCCCCAGCAGUCCCUGCAGCACGGACAGGGUCCCGCCGGUGCUGUGUGAGGCCGAGGAGACCGUGUCUGUCAGCAGCUGUUUCGUAUCAGAAGACACAACUGAAGACUCUGGAGUGGUGAGCUCCCCCUCAGACAUCAUCUCCCUGGAUUCCCAACACGACAGCAUGAAAUCCAAAGAUAAGUGGGCCACAGACCAGGAAGACGGCAGUGACCAGGACCUGGCUGGAACCCCAGAACUGGGUCCCCACAAGAGCCCCACCUGGGAGAGGAACGGCUCUGGGAACUGGCAUCCAAGACCUGAAGCCACUAUAACCUCCAGUGGUGAUGAAGACCUGUUUCUCACCGGGCAGUUCCAGAAAACCCUUGAGGAACUGGACGAGGAGCUGGAAGAACUGGAAGAGAGCCCUGAAGCCUGCAGCAGCCUGCCGACCGGCUCCGUGAAUGGCGUGUCCCCUCACUGCAUGCCAGAGGCCACCGUCCCCGAGUGUGAUGAAGACACAAUCCCAGUCACCUUCAUUGGGGAGGUUUCAGAUGACCCUGUGGAUUCGGGGUUGUCUUCCAAUCGAAACAACAAUGCUGGUUCUUUUGACCUGGGGGUUAUCGCGGGCAGGGGAGCCCCCCCAACGCCACGUCAGGAGGAGAACAACCAGCAGCACGGAAGGAGGACAGAAGUGCCCAACGCGCCCGCUCCUCCCCACGACAUCGGGGAAGAACGCAAACCCGCCUCGUCCGACCCCUGUGAGGCUGUGAAUCUGAAUAAGAUGGAGCCCAAGGUGACUUCUGCAGCGUUUCACCCGCACGGGCCAGAUGCAAAGCUGAGCGGCGAGGAGCCUGGCUCUGCUCUCGGUGGGAAGAUGCAGGCCAGCAAGAUGGCGAGGUCACAGCCAGUGAGGGACAAGGAAGGUGAAGGUAAGGGUAAUGGCUCAGCACCACCAUCCUGGUGUCAGCGGGGCCAAAACCCAGGGGGAACUUAUGGACUUAAAUAUGGCCUCACGACGUAUAAAAUUGUCCCUCCGAAAUCAGAGAUGAGGUGUUACGACAGAGGAGUCUCGCUCUCAACCGGUGCCAUUAAGAUUGACGAGCUAGGGAAUCUGGUGAGUCCCCACGCCAACGGGGGCAAGACCAUAGCCCUGUCGCCAUCUGCCCUCGACUUGGAAACCCAGCCCGUUGGAAAAGUCAAAGAAUUCUGGAGGUCCAAUUCUCUAGAGAAACACUCUGGCCAGCCCACAGAGGGCUCCACCAGGACCCCCACUCCCGCCAUGCCAGCGAAGCCACAGCCUCAAGAAAACAGACUCCGAGCAGAGCCCACCUUCCCAGACCCCAAAGUGACGUCACCCCCACAGCAGUCUGCCCGCCAAGAAGAGGGGAGACAUCUGGAGGAAGGCAGAAGCCGGCCACCCAUGGCUGCCCCUUGUCACAUCAAAGUGCCAGCAGGGAACGCCACGGAAGUCCCAUUUCUCAAGCCUCAGAGAAGAACAUCCAGUCAGUACGUGGCCUCUGCCAUUGCCAAGCGGAUAGGGCCCCCGAAAGCCCACACCGGCGUGGGGAGGAAGCAAGGCCAUGCGGAGGAGACCCGGGAAGGCGGAGCGCCGGAGCUGGCUGGACAGCCUCCCGCUAGGAGAGAUGGUACAGCCCCCAGCCCGUACUCAGACACACGCUCCCGUACCGAUGGGGAAGGCUCGGCAGUAGGAGCCCAGCCCAGAACGCAGGCCAGCAGCCCUCCUGGGAAGCUGUCUGCUCAAGACUGUCCUGCUGGUGUCCACAGAAGUCCCCACGUCCCGCCCGUCACAGCUUCCCAGAGGGAUCACGUUUCUGUGACACAGAGCUGGAGCCUCAGUGGAAAGCAAAGCACCAGCAACCCCAGGACCAGCUCAGCAUCCGCCCCCACAUGCACGCUGGAUGGUACAAAUCGCCCGCCUGCCCGCUCGGGAGAUGAUCAGACUCCUGACAGGACCCUGGUGAAUGGCUCCAGGUGGGGCCCCAUCCACACCGAGCCUCCUCAGUCUCCGAGAGGGUCCAGCACGAAUAACCAUGCCAGACAGGAGCCCCUACAACAGGAGGAAAAGCCCAGUUUGUCCUGCGCAGAGGUACACGAGACCGACGGUACGCUGCCCCCCAGCAUCUUUGGACCAAAGAAGAAAUUCCGACCCGUGGUCCAGAGGCCAGCACCAAAAGACACGUCGCUGCACAGCGCUCUCAUGGAAGCCAUCCACUCGGCGGGGGGGAAGGACAGGCUUCGCAAGAUUGCGGCAGACACCUCCGAGGGAGGGCCCAGGAAGCCGUCCUACACGGAGACAGUGGGCGAGCGCUCCGCACUGCUGUCCGCCAUCCGAGGGCACAGCGGUGCCUGCAGCCUGCGGAAGGUGUCAUCCUUCGCCUCUGAGGAGCUGCGGAGCUUCCGGGACACCGAGCAGUCAUCAGAGCCGCCAGGACUCCGUGACCUUGGCCUUCAGCCCCUGCCCGCCCCGCCCCCACCCCCUCCAGCCCCCCAGGCUCCCUCUACGUCCAGGACGGCAGCCAGGUCCAGCCCAGGCAACCCCGCCGAAGCCAGGCAGGCCCUGAUGGACGCCAUCCGCUCCGGUACAGGGGCCGCGAGGUUGAGAAAGGUGACAGUGAGUGACCAUGUGAGCGUUUGCGUGGGGCCAGCAGGGGGUCAGCAAGGAGCCACAAGGCAGCGAGAUGGCAGCGGGGAGGGGUGGCUGACAGCCCGCGUCCCUUAG